AUGGCGACCAGCACUGGGAAGUUCACUGAUGGCUUGUGGGGCCCGAAGCACUACAUCCUGGCGGCCAUCGCCGUGACCCUCGCCGUGAGCGCCGUGGCCGUCGUGACCUCCGUCAUCCUCAGCCCCGCGCGCAUCGUCUUCUCCGUGACCGCCACCUCCACCAACCAGGUCCAGGGAGCGCCGGUGUUGAUCCUAAACUUCACCGUGGACGCUGCCAACCCGAGCCGCCGCGCGGGGGUGGAGUACAGCUCCCUCACGGCCCGGCUGCGGGUGUACAGCGCGAGCCACGGGGCGGACGCGUCGGUGCAGACGGUGGUCCACCAGGCCAUGCCGCUCCUCCAGCCGCCGGCGAGCUCGAGCAGCUUCCGUGCGUCGGCCUUCUUCGACCUGCGCUUCUUGGUCAGUAACUCCGGCGGCAACAAGGGCGUCCGUGCACAGCGGGCGCCUCCCAUGAGCGUGCUGGUGAGGGCCCAAGUCCGGUUCAAGGUCGGGCUGGCCUACUCCCGCCCGUACGACGUCGAGGUGUCCUGCCAGCCCGUCGACUUCUUCACGGCCGCCGCCGCCGGUACGAGGAUCGGCUGCGUUGCCUGA